AUGCUCGCCACCUACACGAUCCAGACUUUGAGUCUGCUCUGCGCCCUUGUGAUGGCCGCUCCCGCGCCGGCUGCCGCUACUGCCGCGGGACCGACCCUGUCCAACGUCACGGCGAGCGAGCUCGGUCUCGCGGCACGCGACGGAGACGAAGACGGGGCCGUCUCGGUGGCAGCAGACCUUGCCAGAAUCCAGUACUAUACCGACAACGGCUGCACCAAAUACAACGUCGGCUUCACCAUCAGCACCGGCCGCUGCUGGAACUACGCAUACACGGGAACUCACUCGGCCAACGCCGUCUCGUCGCCCGGCGGCCCCCUCGACGGAUUCUUCUGCAACUACUAUACCUCCAAGGACUGCACGGGGGCCACUCACCGCGUGUCCAAGGAUGGCUGUGUCAACGAUCUCAUCAAGUACGAGAGUGUGUUUUGCGAGCUUUGGCCAGCGUGGGAGUAG